GGUUGUUUUCCUGUCCCAAGAUGGCGGCGCUCAGUGGUGCUUCUGUGGAAAGGAAUGGCGGGGAGUGAAGCCUGAGGGAGCGGGCCGCGGGGGCGGAGGGGGAUGAGGUGACGCCGCCAUGGCGAGCGACGGGGGCAGGAAGCAGUUCUGGAAGCGGAGCGGCGCGAAGGUACCGGGCAGUAUUCAGCAUGUGUAUGGAGCUCAGCAUCCACCUUUUGAUCCAUUAUUGCAUGGAACCUUGAUAAAACCAAGUUCAAAGCCACCUACAACUCCAGUGAAACUGAAGAAAGUCAGCACCUUCCAAGAAUUUGAAAGUAACACAAGUGAUGCUUGGGAUCUUGGAGAUGAUGAUGAUGAACUCUUAGCAAUAGCUGCUGAAAACUUGAAUACAGAAGUGGUCAUGGAAACAGCUCACAAAGUAAUUCAGAAUCACAGCAAGCUACAAGAACAGCAUAAAUUUCAGGAAGAACAUCUACAGGAAGAAAAACAAGAGGAAUUUGCACAGCUGACUUCAGUUGCAUGUGGUGAUAAUAGGCUUGUUAAAUCAGUCAGUGAAGGUCAUACAUCGAGUUCAUUAGAUAAUGCUAGUGAAAAUUCUUCCAUGCAGAGAUCACAGUCACUUCCACAAACUUCCAUACCUCCCUUGACAAGUGGGAUGGCAGACUACAACACCUCAGUUACUCCUGCAUUAACUGAGAGAGAAGCAUCUCGAUUAGACAAAUUUAAGCAGCUACUUGCUGGCCCAAAUACAGAUCUCGAUGAAUUGCGAAAAUUGAGUUGGUCUGGCAUUCCCAAACGGGUUCGUCCAAUUGCAUGGAAGCUUCUUUCAGGCUAUCUUCCUGCAAAUGUGGACCGAAGAGAAAGCACUUUACAAAGAAAACGUAAAGAGUAUUUUGCAUUUGUUGAACAAUACUAUGAUUCCAGAAAUGAUGAAAACCACCAGGAUACUUACAGACAGAUCCACAUAGAUAUACCACGCAUGAGUCCUGAAGUUUUAAGACUUCAGCCCAAAGUAACAGAGAUCUUUGAAAGAAUUUUGUUUAUCUGGGCAAUACGUCAUCCAGCCAGUGGAUAUGUUCAGGGCAUAAAUGAUCUUGUUACUCCUUUUUUUGUAGUCUUCAUUUGUGAGUACAUAGAAGAAGAAGAAGUGGAAAAUUUUGAUGUUUCCAGUCUGCCUGAAGAAGUGCUGCAGAACAUAGAAGCUGACAGUUACUGGUGCAUGAGCAAGUUGCUUGAUGGCAUUCAGGAUAACUAUACGUUUGCACAGCCAGGAAUCCAGAAGAAAGUGAAGAUGUUGGAAGAACUUGUUAGUCGGAUUGAUGAACAAGUUCAUAGGCACUUGGAUCAGCAUGAGGUGAAAUACUUGCAAUUUGCUUUCCGUUGGAUGAAUAACUUGCUGAUGAGAGAAGUCCCUUUACGGUGUACCAUCAGGUUAUGGGACACAUACCAAUCUGAACCAGAGGGUUUUUCUCACUUCCACUUGUACGUCUGUGCUGCCUUCCUUGUCAGGUGGAGAAAAGAGAUCCUGGAGGAGAAAGAUUUUCAAGAACUACUGAUAUUUUUACAGAAUUUACCCACAGUACACUGGGGAAAUGAAGACAUCAGUGUACUCUUAGCAGAGGCCUACAGACUGAAGUUUGCAUUUGCGGAUGCCCCCAAUCAUUACAAGAAGUGAAUAUAAAGAGACAGAAAUCAUUAGAACCAAUGUGUUCUGCAGUAUUAUGGCAUCUGUUGUUCUGGUUAUGCUUUUAGCUCAUUGCUCUUUCAUUUGAAGUAAGAUGACCAUUAAAAUUCUGUUAGAAUUUGCAGAAUGAGAACAGAGUACCAAAGAAGUGGACAAAGCAGGAUAUCGAGCACUGAAUGAACUUAAAAGUGAAUUUUUUUUGCUCAGCAUGAAAAAUGACUUCAGAAGUCUUAUAACAUAAUUUUCUUCUUUUUUCCCCUUCUUUAAAUAGAAGAAUUGUAGUCUGUCUUAUUUAUGUUGAACAAUUUUUCUAUGUACUUUAGACUUAAAACUAGUUAUGGAAUGAUUUUCUCAUUACUUCAGUGUCACCUGCCAUGACUUUAUCAGCCAGUUUCGUCCAGUGAAAUUUAUCUGAGUAGCAAAGAAGAACUUUUCCAUGAUCAUACAGACCAUAUGAGACAGCAAGGCCUGUGCUUUGAGGUCUGGUUAUAAGUCAAAAGACACUGAUAUUGGCACACCAUCUGUUGUUUUUCCAUGGAAUUAGGUUAGAAUACUCCCAUAAUAUAAGAAUAUAGAAGGUUGUAAUGGAAAUUGGUGGCAUUUUUCUAAACAUUAUUCAGUCUUGAAGGAUGCUAUAGAAGCUUUUUAGCCAUAAAAAGGAGUUACUUAAAACUGGAGAUUCAUCUAUUACACUGAAAUAAAUUCCUCUCAAUACAUUUUGGAGUGCUUUAAAAUAGUGAAUUAAACAGAAGGCAUGGUCUUGUCAAAGUAAUUAAAAUUUAUCCUUUAAGACCUUGCAAUUUUUCAGCAUGAAAGUUCACUUUUAAGAAACAUAUUAAGAAGCUUGGUUUACAAAGCAAGAUAUAUUUUUAUCUCAGUUGUUGCCUUAUUCUCCAUUUCUAGCAAGUUAGAAAAGGAAAAUGAAUAUAUCUUUCCAAAGCUUUUUUGUUAAAUAAUUUAGUUCAUUUUUUUCCCCUGAUUAUUCAGAGGAAGAGAGCUAGCUCCCAAUAACAAUAACAGUAACUGUAUACUGAGAUUGUCAUUAGCAGAACAAAAAUCCUCUGUGAGUUUAUAGACUAAAAUUAAUGUUUCUUCAUAUAACCAUGGGAUACUGAAUAAUUUCUUAAAACUCACAUAAUUUAAGAGCACUAUUUUUUUUUCAAGAAAUAUUUUCUGAUAAGAAUUCUGAUUUGCUCUGUUGGAUGUAAAUAACUCAUAUUAAUUUGUGCCUACCAUACCCAGGAAGGUUAUGAAGUGUGGCAGUUGCAAUAAGCAAUAUACUUAAAAGUUCAGACUUACUGCUCUUCAGUUUGGUUCUUAAGUUGCACAGUGUUGCACAGAAAGUGUAGUGCACUUUUAAGUUUGGGAAAUCAAAAAAAAUCAAGAGAUUUUGUCUUAUGAGUUGUUAUUGGAAGAUUAUUUUCAACUUCUUAAAAAUAUGUAGAUACAUAUUGAAGAGAGCUUUCUAAAUGUGUUAGUUACAUUACUUGUUUUAGGGGCCUUAGUUCUUCACACAGACUUUGUAAUAAUUAGGUGUUUCAGGGUAAAUAAAGUAAAAUACAUUUUUACCAACAUGUGAUUAUGAGGCCAUCUGUAUUUUAAAAGUAUAUGAAAUCUUUGGUAGAAGAUAAAAAAGAAUUAUUUCAGAAGCUGAAGUGUUUGGCAACCAGGAUGCAUUUCUUUUCUACUGGUGUCAGCCGGGUGUUUCAGUUGUGAUGGAUACAGGGUUCCCAGAUGGCUGCAUCUGUGCCUGGAAUGUGUAGUGGAUCUGUGCUUCUACAUGUCUGUGUACUGCUUUCUGUAACUUCAGUUCGUGCUCUAAUGUAUCAAAAUUUAUGUUUACAAAGAAUGUCAUAUUGUGCCUAACAGUGUCUACCAAUAACAGAAUAAAAGAAACAUGGAAUC